CUCGACGAUGAGCUCUUGAACCCAACACCCAUCACGACGCCGGCGCCUUUCCCAACAUGCGUCGCUCGCAGUCCCGCGCUGCCUCCCCGACCCCCACCGCGUUCUCGGGCAUCUCCAACUACAAGACGGAGUCCUAUCGUCCCAUCGGGAAGGACAAGAGUGCACCCGCCGUCCCCCAAAUCGACUACAGGACCGUGUCCAAGAUCCACUUUGACGAGCUCUCGUCCUAUCUAGCUGCCUAUCUUGCGCGCUCAACUCAGGACUCUCGCUCCACCGCCCGACAGAAGCUCACGCGGCUGACAAUCCAGCAGUUCCAUGAGCUGUCCACUGAUGUGUACGAUGAACUAGUGAGGCGGAAGAGCGACAAGCAAGUUCCCUUCCUUCCUGUGCGUGAGGAGUUCCACCCCAAGCGCAACCAGGCUCGCCAGAAACUCGCUACCCUCCCUACUUCCCGCUUCGAAGACCUAUCAAGCGACGUUUACUACGAACUCGCAAGGCGCUACCCGGAGUUCAAGGAAGAUCCGAGCGGGAAGUCAAACCAGGACUCGGAGGACCGUCCAUCAGACAGUGGCUACGGAAGUGGCAGCAGGCGACCCUCAGAAGACCGCAGACGGCCCAGUGAAGCCACCUACUCCAUCUCGAGUCGCCAGAGCGAAGAUGUCUACCGCGGCCGGAAGCCGGGCGAGGAGCAAGGUCCUCCCCUCUCUAGAUCCGCCAUGAGCCACAACUACUCGGGCAGUGUUGCCUCAUCACGGCGGCGACCCUCACAAGACACUACUGGACGCCGUUCGGAAGACCGUGGAGGUGCCGAUAUCGCGCGCCGCCCUAGCGGGAUGACUAGCACGAGCGGCGCAAGCGAGAGCGCCUCCUCAACAAUGCAGAGCGCCACUGCCACCAGCCAGAUGAUCAUCCCGACGAAAAGCACAAUUGAGGAAGAGUACAUCGAGGUGCCCUAUGCGCGUGAAGCGCGCGAGAGCGGAAGCACUACCAUCGACGAUCGCGAACCAAGCCGGGAGCGGGGCGAUCUGCUUGACGAGCCCGAUAGCGCGAGCGACUAUCGCGGAUCGACAAGCCCUGCCGUCGGUGGCUUGAGCGGCCUCAGCGCGCGACUGCGAGACACCGAUGACGACGAUGAUCUUGGCCGCCGAAGCGGAGAUGACUUCUACAACAAGGGCAGGGCAUCUGCGGCGUCUGACCGCUCUGGCGGAGGGCGAUUCGGCGGGCGGGCUAGUGUCGCGGACGACACGGAGAAAAUGAAGCGGGAUUACGAGUACAAGAUCGCGACUAUGCAGUCGCAGAUGUCGUCCAUGCAGCGUGAUCUCGACUCGGCGGGUGCACGGGAGAGGAGGCGAGGUGACGAUGAUGAGAAGGUGCGGCAGCUCGAAGACCAGCUCGAGCAGAUGAGGCGGCAAUCCGAAGCGCAGGCCAACCGCAUGCGCGAGCUCGAAGACGAAGUCGACAGCUUGAGGCGCGAGCGUGACCGGCGAGAGCGAGACAAGGUGGCCGAUGAGGAGGAGCUGCAGAUCUUGCGAGAUCGCUGCGAGCGUCUAGAGGAAGAGCGCGAAAGGGGAGGUGGCGGCGGAGGCGGGGCUGACCCAGAGAUCGUCGACCAACUGCGCUCAGAUAUGGAAGGCUUGAUGGCUGAGCUGGAGGACUUGCAGCGGCGCAACGACGAGUUGAUGACUGCGAAGGACUCGGAUCUUGGCGUCAUCCGUGAGCUCGAUAGCCAGCUCAAGGAGUACAAGCGCAAGUACGAGCAGGCGAAGACCGAGCUGCGCAGUGUCAAGGCGACAUCACAGCUCUAUUCGCAGGCCCCCAGGGUCGACAGAUCAGCGGAGGAGCUGCCAGUCACUGCCGACGGUGGCAUCCUGGACAUCCAUAUCACCGCCUUCCUCAGCUCUGUCGACAGCUUGCUCACUGCCGGUCGCUCAAACGCGCCGACACGCGUGCUUUCGCCUAUGAAGGCCGUUGUCAACGCCGCGUCUGCGAUCAUCGAAGACAGCCGCGCGUUCGAGCGACGCAGCUCGCGGGAACGAUCCGACGUCGACCCCGAGACGCUCAAAGCCUUGUCAGAGCGUCUCGAGGCCACGCUCAGCAACCUCGUCGCCGCGGUCAAGACCCAUGCGUCAAGUUCAGGCAUGUCCCCCGUUAGCCUGCUGGAUGCUGCUGCCAGCCAUGUAUCUGCAACGGUCACGGAGCUCGCACGCACCGUGCUCAUCCGGCGGGCGACGAAGCAGGAGCAGGAGCAGUUCGCUGCAGCGAGCCCGGCGACGCGAAACGCCUUCUCACCAAUGCUGCGCUCGGUGGAGGAGCGGUCAAUGCAUAGCAGGGUUGGUAGCACGGCUUCGUCUGGUGCGGGUGAACGUAUGCGGGGGUUUGGCCGGGGGACGCCGUCGGGUAACUCGAGUUCUGAGCACACGAGUUCGCCGCCACCUAUCUUUGACCAGCCAAAUGGCGGGGGCAACAUCGCGAGUGAUGAAUCUGCGACUGGAGCGGAAGAUCCUUGGGCUGAGCUCAAGCCGUACCUUGAAGCUCAAACCGAAUCCAUCGUUUACGCAAUCCAGAGCGUGCUCUCCGGCGUCCGAAGUCCAACACCCUCGCCGACCCUGAACGAGAACAUCACCCAGAUCAUCACCAUCGUGUCCAGCAUCGUUGCCGUAUGCAACGACAACCUGCCGCCCGCGUCCGCCGCGCAAGGGAAGGAGAUCCUGCGCGAGCUCGGGGAGCACGCAAACAAGCUGAGCGAGGUGCAAGCGCUGCCAGAGGUGACAAAGGAGUCGAGGCAGAUAAUGGCCAAGUCGAGUUUCGCAGUUGCGAACGCGAUGAAGGGGUUGAUGAAGCUAUAAUAGUGGCCGAGGCAGGCCCUCGGCAGCACCUUUAUUCACCUUCUCUUGUUUUUCAUUGUUGCAGCAGCAGGUGUGAUCUACUCGCGGCGCGUUACAUACCUUGUCUCUACGUAUCUCUCAACCGCUACUCUGGUCUAGUUUAUCUUAUUUUCUACUGUCUUUGUACGGAGAUAUCGCACAUACUCAUUUCGCGUUCGCAGUUCGUCUGUAGGUAGGAUAUGGAAUUUUACGACGCUUGUGAUGAUACCCUUAGGCGAACAUGCCAUGUACAUGAAUUUUGGUCAGAGUUUACC